AACCCCGCUGUCAUCUCACGCGAGCCAAGUCCCGCGAAGCAAUCUCAAUAGGCACCAGCCGCCUGCUUCAUGCCACGCUCGUCGCAACAUCUUCGCCCGACCGCAUCAACCCAAGAAACAAUUGAACCCCUUGGAGCCCGCAUCAACGUUGAGUUAACCACUUUGCACGUUCCUAUCUUCGUUUGGUCUGCAAGGUGCAACUCUCGUAGCGACAAUGGUACUCUGUAGCACAUGCAAGUCCCUACCAAUCCGCAGUAUUCUCAGGCUUGCCCGUAGCGACAGCGACAUCGACGAGUUCCAGUGGUUUCCGUUACCCAAAUCCUUCGGAAACGAGACGCAACCAUUCGUCAAAUGGCACAAUAGCCUGUCCGACCUACAAAAUAGUGCAAGCCAAUCGUGCCCAUUCUGCCAAACCAUCUUCAGUCGUCUCAGUAACAGCUACCAUUAUCACACAAAUUGCAAAGACCUCGAUGAGAGACUAUGGCUGGAAUUGGGCGUGGGCUCGGCCAGGUUGAGCGUGUACAUGGGCGAAAAGAUGCCUACAGUACGUCUAAGUGGCAAGUUCUGGUACAUGUCAACCCCAGAUAGUGUCGUCGCGGACUGCUUCCGGGAGCAUGAGAUCAUGUCGGACUCGUUACAUCCCUACGUGCUCCAGAAGACGGCAGCAUGGGUCAGUCAGUGCGACGACCACCAUGCGAGCUGCCGACAAUCAACGCCGAAAGCGACUUUGCUACCUACCCGCCUUUUGGACCUCGGCUCACUGCCUAUCGGCGCUGACUUCAAAGGCGUCCGCGGUGACCCACGGGCUCUACUCGAGGAUACAGCACUCAAGCUUGUAGAGCUUCCACCUGGUAGCACGGGCCGGUACAUCGCAUUGAGCUAUUGUUGGGGACAGGGCCUCCCAAUUACGACUACCUCGAAGAAUCUGCAAAAGCAUAAAGGGAACGAAGGAAUCAAAUAUAUGCAGCUGCCUUCGACCCUCCGCGACGCCGUAUUUCUCACCAGAUACCUAGGAGUCCGAUAUCUAUGGGCAGACUGCCUCUGCAUCAUACAAGACGACAAAGCGGACUGGGAAAAAGAGGCCUCUCGUAUGGCUGAUGUGUACAGCAAUGCGUACCUUACAACCGCUGCUACUCGUGCCAGCCACUGUGGGGAGGGCUUUCUGCAGCCGCGCAAAGUCAAAGACCGACACGUCGUCACUUUUGCAGACAAAGAAGGGUCGUUUGACUUGUACAUCUAUUACGACGAUCUGACUAUGUCACCUGGGUCUAUGGAGUCUAUCAUCGACCAGUCUAUCAAGAUGCGAAGGGAAGAGCCUCUCUUGAGCCGAGUCUGGGUCCUCCAGGAACGUGUCCUGGCACGCCGCACAAUACAUUUCGCGAGCUACCAAAUGCAAUGGGAGUGCUCAGAGCAAGUCCUUACCGAAGACGGAUACACCGAAGACUAUAAAGCAUGUGAAGAGAUUUCGUUGGAACGAAUCGCGCAAGGUCUCAAGAGCGUGAAAGAUGCGCCACUGCUCCAACACACCCAGCAAUCACAGGACGCAGAAAUUGUUCGGGCCUUUAACCCUGCAUGGCGCGUGUGGUCGCGGUUGAUUGAAGAGUACACAUCCCGCAACAUGACCUACCAAUCCGACAAGUUUCCAGCCCUUUCUGGUGUAACCUCGGCGCUACAGAAGCUCACUGGCGAUGUUUGCCUCGCUGGCAUCUGGAAAAGUUGGUUUCUGCAAGGCUUGUUAUGGCGGCUGCAAGAUCCCAACUGGGAUGAAUACGUCUUCUUUCCCAAGACGCCGCAGCGCUCCCACCCCUGGAGAGCCCCGACGUGGUCCUUCGCGUCUGUUGAAGGCGUCGUAGUAUAUCAUCUUCUUGAUCAUGACCUUGGGCAGGAGACAUACGCAGAAUUGCUGCAAUGCGACGUCUGCCCCAAGGGAGUCAAUCCUCUCGGAGAACUGAAGAACGGGUUCGCAAAGAUCAAGGCGCCAGUCGCUGAAGUCUUUGACGUAUCGCCCGUACUAUCGGAUGCCGGCAGGGUAUGCAAGGUCCGCAUGACGAACGACAGGCAUGCAGAAGGCAGUGUCUGGUUCGACGUUGAAGUGCACAACUCUUGCUUCGUGCUUAUGAUCACGCCUCAUACCGGUAUUACUAUCGUACCAGUUGACGUUGCUCAAGGAACAUACACAAGGGUUGGGGCUGUGGCGGUGUUCAGGAUCCACGACCCCGCGCCCGAAGCUUUCAGGCGUGACAACACCGCUUUCAUGGAUCGCGACAGGUCAAUCUCGUCGUCUCACUACCCAAGUCCAAAGAUAAUCACCCUGCUGUAAGGCUCGGGGGCUAAGAAGCUCAGUCUGCAUAUGAAAUGGAAAUUAGAGACGGUUGACAUGUUGCGCGAGUAGCUCUAUCUUAGUGAGGUCGUUC